AUGACGAUCCCGCUGGCUGUUCGUCAUCAGUUGGAGCUGCCAGUUCUCUCUCCACUGCCCACUUCCCCUGCAGCCUCAAAUUCUGGUGGAUCUGCGCUGUGGCACCAAUUGCCAGAGCAGCCCGUGAUGGCCCCUGCUCCGCGUCGAGAUCUCCUCCCCAAGGAACACUUCGCGUUUGUCUUCGGCAACGUCAAAACCCAGAGCUACCAUGACCCUGCUGCAAAGGGUCCAGGGUCACAUACCAUCCGGACGCUGGCAUGGAAUCCCACCGGCCAGCUGAUCGCAACGGGGUCUGCAGACCGUACCCUCCGCAUCUGGAAUCCUGAGCGCCCGGCUGUCCGAUACUCAACUGAUCUGCGCGGCCACUCGGCGGGCAUUGAGAAAGUCCUGUUCAACCCUGUCCGUGAUGCCGAGCUGGCGAGCUGCUCCACCGACGGCACCGUGCGCUUCUGGGAUGUCCGCUCCAAAACAUGCGUGAGCCGCCUCGAUGUUGGCGGCGAAGCAUUUACGAUGUCUUGGUCGGCUGACGGCAGCACAAUGAUCGUUGGUAGAAAGGAUGACACCCUCAUUCCAGUCUAUGUGCAAUCACUCUCGACGCCCAGUAUUCACCCCGCUCUCGCUAGCGCCUCAGCCGACCUCUCCUCGACCAAACCAGACGCAACAACCUACACCGCGCUCAGCGGGCACCAGCAACCAGUGCAGACCAACGCAACGACCUUCUCACACCACAUCGCCACACCGACCUCACCAGACCUGCAUCUGUUCGCAACAACAGGCGAAGGCAGCGUCAAGAUCCUCUCCUACCCCUCCUUCGACCUCCUCCACACCCUCAACGCCCACACCUCAUCCUGCUCCGCCGUCUCGCUCGCCCCGACGGGUCGCUACCUCGCCAUCGGCGGGAGCGACGCCCUCAUCUCGCUCUGGGACACCACCGACUGGAUCUGCCGCCGCACGCUGUCGAGCGAGAACGGCGGCGCCAUCCGUGGCGUCAGCUGGAGCUUCGACGGCCGCUUUAUCUGUGGUGCCUGCGACGAGCCGGGCUGUGGCGGGAACGGCCUGGAGAUUUUCCAUGCUGAGUCGGGCGAUAGUCUCUAUACUAUUCCCACGCCCGGCGGCAUCAAUGCUGGCGUCCCGGCUGUUGCGUGGCAUCCUUCGCGGUAUUGGUUGGCUUACUCCACUACCGCGGAUGGGCCGAGUAGUUCGGGCGCUGGUGGGCUGAAAAUUGUUGGCGCUGCUGGUGGGGGGCUUUGA